AUGAACAUAGGAAGCAUGCGUAAAAACUUUGAAACCCUAAAAAGAUUAGAUCUUGAUUUCGAUGUUAUUGCCUUCACUGACAAAAAUUUGUACAGGGAGUACUUAGAUGUAUUAGCAGAAUAUGGGCUUUCUCCAGCCAUAACCAAACCAACUCAGGUCAAAACCUGCAUUGAUGACAUUUUUGUACCCGUAAGAUCUAAUGCGAAGUCCGUAGUGUAUUUGAAUGCUGCUACUGACCAUGAUAUAACUAUGGCAGGCAUAAUGCUAAAGACACAAAAACCAAAAAGACCAAAACCUAUUCGAUCAAGAGUUAUAGUUGACAUAGACUCAAUAAGAUCAGAGCUGGAGGGACCGGACUGGUCUCAGUAA